GUCUGAAAUAUAUAUAUUAUUUAUAACAAGUACCAUCUUUUAAGUUUAACCAUGAUAAUAGUGAUAAUUUAUCACUGAUAAACUAUCAUCUAUAAGUAGUUGAUACUCAAAUUUUAUAUCUACUGGUAAAAAAAAACAAAUAAGUUUAAUAAAGUGUCUGUGAUUAUGUUCAUUGAAGUAAACAUUUGGAGUUCACGGAAAAUGCUGCUAUCAAUUGCUCUGUGGUUAUUGGGGGCUGUAUUAAUUCUCUGGAUAUUAUUGGAUCCGGUUAGUAGAAUAUCGCGUGCGAUAUAUGAAAUAAUAAUUCCAUUAAUAAGUUCAAAUCCAAUUGAAUUGAAAAGUAAAUUCGGUGAAUGGGCAGUGGUGACUGGCUCGACUGAUGGAAUUGGCAAAGCUUAUGCGAAAGAACUGGCUAAUCGUGGAUUCAAUUUAGUUCUCAUUAGUCGUAAUCCCGAAAGGCUUGAAAAAACUAAAAAUGAAAUAUUAAACAUUAAUCCAAACAUACAAAUUAAAAUAAUUUCAGCAGACUUUUCUAAAGGAAGAGGAGUCAGUGUUGAAAUAGAACCGCAUUUACGAGAUAUACCCGUUGGAAUUUUAGUUAAUAACGUUGGAAAGCAGUACACAUAUCCAAUGUAUGUUGGUGAAGUACCGGAAGAUGAGCUUUGGGAUAUAAUAAACAUAAAUAUCGGUGCUGCAACUUUAAUGACACGUAUUGUAAUACCAGGUAUGCAGAAACGACAAAAAGGAGCUAUCGUCAACAUAUCAUCCGGCUCAGAAUUACAGCCAUUGCCAUUAAUGACUGUGUAUGCAGCGACUAAAAUUUAUUUAAGAAGUUUUUCCGAAGCUCUAAGAGUCGAGUACAAUAAAUUUGGUAUCACUGUUCAGCAUUUAACACCCCUGUUCGUCAAUACUAAAAUGAAUGCAUUCUCUCAGCGAUUGCAGGUAUCCACAUUCGCUGUACCGGACGCAACAACUUACGCAAAGAAUGCUGUUGCAACUCUUGGAAAGAUCGACAGUAGUACGGGUUAUUGGGCUCAUGGUAUACAAGCUUUUUUUACACUUAUUCCCCCAGUAUGGAUACGCACGAAAAUCGGCGAAAUGAUGAAUCAAACAUUCAGAAAUGAUUAUUUGAAACAAAAAAAUAUGUAAACCUUGUAAAUAUACAUAUAUAAUUUAUAAUUUAUUAUUCAACAAAAUAAUUUUCGAUUAUUCUAUAUAAAUUUUCAUUGAAUCUUGAAUUAC